ACCUAACCAAGAUUCUCACCACGUUCACGCGUCUUUCACUGCCAACUUCUUCUUUACUGUUUGUUGAAUUUUUCCUAUAAAUUGGAGACUCAUUUCUCACGUUUACACUCGCACACCUCCAAUCCAAGAAACCCUUCUUCAACCUCUCAACAAGCUUUUAACGAUGGCAGCAGAGACCUUCCUAUUUACCUCUGAGUCCGUGAAUGAGGGACACCCUGACAAGCUCUGUGAUCAAAUCUCUGAUGCUGUGCUAGAUGCUUGCCUUGAACAGGACGUAGACAGCAAGGUUGCUUGUGAAACUUGCACCAAGACUAACUUGGUUAUGGUCUUUGGUGAGAUCACAACCAAGGCUAAGGUUGACUAUGAGAAAAUUGUGCGUGACACCUGCAGAAAGAUUGGGUUUGUUUCUGAUGAUGUAGGUCUUGAUGCUGACAACUGCAAGGUUCUCGUCAACAUUGAGCAGCAGAGUCCUGAUAUUGCUCAGGGUGUACAUGGUCAUCUUACAAAAAGACCUGAGGAGAUUGGUGCUGGUGAUCAGGGUCACAUGUUUGGAUAUGCCACCGAUGAGACUCCUGAGUUGAUGCCUUUGAGCCAUGUUCUUGCAACCAAGCUUGGUGCUCGUCUCACUGAGGUUCGCAAGAAUGGUACAUGCCCUUGGUUGAGACCUGAUGGUAAGACUCAAGUCACUGUUGAGUAUUACAAUGACAAUGGUGCUAUGGUUCCUGUUCGUGUCCACACUGUGCUCAUCUCUACUCAACAUGAUGAGACUGUUACCAAUGAUGAAAUUGCUGCUGAUCUCAAAGAGCAUGUUAUCAAGCCCGUGAUUCCUGACAAGUACCUUGAUUCCAAGACCAUUUUUCACUUGAACCCUUCUGGCCGUUUUGUCAUUGGAGGUCCUCACGGUGAUGCUGGUCUCACUGGUAGGAAGAUCAUCAUUGACACUUAUGGUGGUUGGGGUGCACAUGGUGGUGGUGCUUUCUCAGGAAAAGACCCAACUAAGGUUGACAGGAGUGGAGCUUACAUUGUGAGGCAAGCUGCUAAGAGCAUUGUUGCAAGUGGACUUGCAAGGAGGUGCAUUGUGCAAGUCUCCUAUGCUAUUGGUGUGCCUGAACCUCUGUCUGUGUUUGUUGACACGUAUGGUACAGGGAAGAUCCCUGAUAAGGAGAUCCUGAAUAUUGUGAAGCAGAACUUUGAUUUCAGGCCUGGGAUGAUCUCUAUCAACCUUGAUCUCUUGAGGGGUGGCAAUGGCAGGUUUUUGAAGACUGCUGCUUAUGGACAUUUUGGUAGGGAAGAUGCUGACUUCACAUGGGAAGUGGUGAAGCCUCUUAAAUGGGAGAAGGCCUAAGUUACCUCUAUUCUAGGAGUUCUGAACCUUAGAAUAUCUUACUAAUCUUCAAAGCUUUUUUACCCUCCGCUUGUCUAUCUUAGUUUUUGUUUUUUCUUUUUUACAUUAGCAAUAUAAAAAGUGCUCUCAGUUUUUAUGUUCAAUGCAAUGAAUGCAUUUCACAUUAUAUCAAUAUCAAAGGGAGUAUUCUAUCCAUUA